UCCAAACUCUCCCACACUCAUCUCCUCUAGUUUGUGUGUUUUAGUGCUUGAUCUGUUCUGUAUACUAUUGUUUCAUUUCGUUAAUUGGUAAGUUAGAAUUAUAAAAUAUGGAGUAGUUUUUACUAAAUUAUAUACUGUUUGAUGAAAAGUUUACUUCUUUUGGAUAAUUAAAAAGAACAAAUAGUUAAAUUGAUUCUUUUGUCUGUUUUUAAUAGUCUCUAGAUUUCGUAGCACAUGAAAUCUCAUCUUCUUCUCAAUAUAUUAUUAUAAUAAUUAUUAUUAUUAGUAUAUUCACCUAAAAUGAGCUAAAAAAAAGUGUCAACCAGAUAGCUUGAAUUAUGGUGUUUGAUCAAAAUUGAAGUUUCAUGUUAAUGAGUAAAAGGCAGAAUUCUCGAUUGAGCGUCUAUUUUUGUUGGAUCUGAGAUUUGACCACUAGGGAGUCUGAGAUAGUGAGUAUGAGUAGUACAUGUAAGACCAUAGUUUGGUUUAGGAAGGAUUUAAGAAUAGAUGAUAAUCCUGCCUUAGCUACAGCAGCUAGAGAUGGUCAGGUCCUUCCUGUUUAUAUAUGGUGUCCUAAAGAAGAAGGACAAUUCUAUCCAGGUCGUGUGUCAAGAUGGUGGCUGCAACAAUCUCUUGUUCAUUUGAAUCAAUCUUUGAAGUCCCUUGGGGUUUCACUUGUUUUCAUGAAAGCAGAAAGUACUGUUUCAGCUCUUUUGCGGUGCUUUGAAGCAGUUGGGGCAACCAAAAUUGUUUAUAAUCAUCUUUAUGAUCCGGUAUCACUAGUUCGUGAUCACACCAUCAAAGUGAAGUUGGCAGAGCACGGCAUUUGUGUACAAAGCUUUAAAGGGGAUUUAUUAUAUGAGCCAUGGGAAGUGUAUGAUGAAGAAGGACAUGCCUUUACAACCUUCAAUGCUUUCUGGCGUAAGUGCGUGAAUUUGUCUAUUGAACCUGCUUCCGUCUUCCCCCCAUGGAAACUGGUUCCACCUGCAGGAACUGUUGAUGGCUGCUCAAUUGAGGAAUUGGGUCUUGAAGAUGAAUUAGAAAAAUCUAGCAACGCUUUGCUAGGCAAAGGAUGGUCCCCUGGUUGGACUAAUGCAGAUAAAACUCUAGCUGAAUUUGUUGAUCGUCAUCUUAUUGACUAUUCCAACAGUAGGGUGAGGUUAGAAGGAGUAACCAGUUCACUCUUAUCCCCGUACCUCCAUUUUGGAGAAGUGAGUGUGAGGAAAGUUUUCCAAUGUAUACGGAUGAAGCAGAUUAUAUGGGCAAAAGAAGGGAAUCUUCUUGGUGAAAAGAAUGUAAAACUUUUUCUUAGGUCUCUUGGGCUAAGAGAAUAUUCACGUUACCUUUGUUUCAACUUCCCUUUUACUCAAGAGAGGUCUUUAAUGAACAACUUGAGAUUUUUUCCUUGGCGUUCAGAACAUGGUGAUUUUAAGGCUUGGAGACAGGGUAAGACUGGUUAUCCGCUGGUGGAUGCCGGAAUGAGAGAGCUUUGGGCAACAGGGUGGAUGCACAACAGAAUCAGGGUGAUUGCUGCUAGUUUCUUUGUGAAAUUCUUGCUACUACCUUGGACAUGGGGAAUGAAAUACUUUUGGGAUACGCUGUUGGAUGCAGACUUGGAAAGUGAUAUUCUUGGUUGGCAGUACAUCUCAGGAAGUUUACCUGAUGGCCACAAGCUUAACCGGCUAGACAGCCCACAGGUUCAAGGUAGCAAGUUUGAUCCAGAAGGCGAAUAUGUAAGACAAUGGUUACCUGAACUUGCAAGAAUGCCUUCUGAGUGGAUUCACCAUCCAUGGAAUGCUCCUUCGUUGGUGCUGCGGGCAGCAGGGGUAGAGUUGGGAUUAAACUACCCAAAGCCUAUUAUCGACAUAGAUUUGGCAAAGGAAAGGUUAGUGGAUGCUCUAUCCACGACGUGUCAGGCAGAAACGACUGCAAGAAGUGCUAAUGCAAAUGGGAUGGAAGAAGUUGUCAUGGACAACAUGGAUCGAGCUGAAAAUUGGAAAAUUCCAGUUGUUGUGCUGAAGGAGAAUGUUUCCCACUCCACUAGCUUGUCCGAUCAGAGGGUGCCAUCAUUUCAAAAUUGUAAGAAUGGUUCAGCCUCUCGAAAACGACCAUUAUGUGUGGAAGCUGGGAGACCAUCUCCCAAUAAAAUACAAAGUAAUGAUUGUGAAUCUGAAACGUCUGGUACUGGUGGACUAGAUCUACACUCUACUGCAGAAUCUACUUCAGCUAAGAGACAGAGUACUAGUAGUGCCCUUCCGUUCAUGGUUCUGGAUUCCUCAUUGAAUGUUGAGGUUCUUCAAGAGAAAGGACUUGCUUAUGCAAUGAAGCAACAAAAUGAGGGGACCAGUAAGGGUAGAAACCAGCUUGAAGCUUGAAAAGAAGUGAGUUAAUUCAAUGAAGGAGAAAUACGAGGAAUGCUGCCAUAUAGUGGUCUGAAAACAACUAAUAAAUGUAUAGCUAUUUCCAACAUAUGUAGGCAAUGUUCGUGUUCGCGUAUCUUUAUUUAUGUGCACAAGUGUCAGUAAUUUGUACCCACUUUCUCGUUGGUCUCAAACUCUCGAUCAAUUGACUUGCGCAUACAUGGCUCAAGUAAUUAAUCAAUUACUCCUUGAGUAUCAUAAUUUUUCGUUGGGUAAUUAUAUAAAUAUCCCUCCUUCUGUUGGGUCUUCACAAA